AUGGCACCAUACAAGAGCGUCAAGUACCGAUCGUGGUACUCCGAGAUGCACAAGAGUGAGUAUGUCAACGCGGAACUCGACCCGACCGACACAGUCAUAAACACCGACAAACUGAACACUGUCGUCCUCGAUUGGGAGCGGACCGAAGAUGGGCCGAAGUAG